AUCCAGAGGCCUUUUAUUGUCAUGUUUGCGAACUUAUUAUGUACCUGGCAUUGUUGUAGACACUGGGGUAAGGCAGGGAAGAAAACAAACAGACAAAAUCCUUUCGUUUUCCUGAUGGGGUGAAUGGGAGCUUGAAGCCAUUUUAGAAAAACUGGAAAUGACUCAAUGGGGCAGGAUCGGAGAGAACCAGGAGAACGAAUCAAGCAAGGUCGUGAGGGGCUUUGUGGCAAAAGGAAGGAGUUUGAAGUUUGUAUUCGGGGUGGGUAGGAAGCCAUGAACAGUAGCAGAGGAGUCAUCUUGAUGGAGCGGGGAAGGAGAGAGGGUGUCAGGAGACCCAGGUGGGACCACCAGAGGACGUGCUGAGAAAACCUGAGGAUUAAGAAGGGGCCGCGCGGUAACGUAUAGGGGGCCGGAGAAGGGCAGCAAGGGGGCGAGGCUACGAUCGCCUAGGCAACGCGGGCCGCGCCACACUAUUGGCUGGUCUUUCGCUACGUCAACCCCGCGCCCCAGCGUCCGCCCUCGGAACCCCGGGGGCGCGGCCUCCUCCGGUUGCUCGGCCCCACCCGCCUGCACAGCGACUUGGGGAGGGGCAUGCCAGCCCCUCUGGCUCCACGGUGGAGUCCAGGCUUGGCAUAAAGGAACCGCAGGGAGCAAUGGUGACGAUCUUGGAGCGAGGACUGUAGCUGACUGGAAGGAAGCGGUUCUGUUGGACCGGCCGCCCUCCACCCCGGAGGCGCUGCCCCGCCCCCUGCCAGUUGCACUUCUUUAAAUGGCCCGGGGCGCUAGGGAGGGGUGGGCGGGUCCGGUGUCUGGGGGCACGGGCGGAUGGCUCCGCCCAGCCAAUCGACGCCCCGCGGCGGGCGGGACUCCAGCCAAUCGCGGCUCGCAGCUCGGCUCCGGGGCGGGGCUGGUGGGCCAGAGGCCAGACGGAGAGGCCCCGCCGAGGUGAGCGAGGCCCUAGCCGGUCACUGGUGGGUCUUGGCACUGGCGGGUCGCGACGCUGUGGGCGUUCCAGGAGGUGGUCGUGGCGAACCUGGCAGCUGGGAUCUCUGUGCUCCACACUUGUCUUUCGUGCUCCAUGUUUGAAGAAAUUAACAUUGUGGAAGAACAGUUUUAAGACUCAGAGGAACUUGAGUUAGGAUCGGAACUUGGCAAAUGAGGAAAUUGAUUCUCAUGGAUGUAAAUUCAUUGUUUGAGGCCACAACAGGCAAAGCAUCAUGGUGGGAGGCUUGAAGAGGAAACACUCUGAUUUGGAAGAGGAGGAGGAGAGGUGGAAGUGGAGUCCAGCAGGCCUUCAGAGCUACCAGCAAGCCCUGCUCCGCAUCUCCCUAGACAAAGUCCAGCGCAGUCUGGGCCCCCGAGCACCCAGCCUCCGCAGGCAUGUCCUUAUCCAUAACACCCUCCAACAGCUGCAGGCUGCACUUCGCCUGGCUCCCGCCCCUGCCCUGCCCCCCGAGCCCCUCUUCCUGGGCGAGGAGGAUUUCUCCCUGUCAGCCACCAUUGGCUCUAUUCUCAGGGAGCUGGACACCUCCAUGGAUGGGACUGAGCCCCCUCAGAAUCCAAUGGCUCCCCUCAGCCUCCAGAAUGAAGUGCCACCCCAGCCUGAUCCAGUCUUCUUAGAAGCUCUGAGCUCCCGGUACUUGGGGGACUCUGGCCUGGAUGACUUCUUUCUGGACAUUGACACAUCUGCGGUAGAAAAGGAGCCUGCACGGGCCCCACCAGAGCCUCCUCACAACCUCUUCUGUGCCCCAGGUUCCUGGGAGUGGAAUGAACUGGAUCACAUCAUGGAAAUCAUUCUGGGUUCCUAAAACUGUGAUAGAGGGGAUCCUUCCUCAUGUCAUCUUCGGUGGCCUGGAUCCCUGAAUGCAACUCUGGGUGUGUGUUUUUGUGGGGGCUCUAAGCAGUGACUAUGGCCUCCUUUGUUCCCAUUUCAGGGUUCCACAAACUGUCUUGCAUGUGUGUGUCUGGUUACCCUGACCUUCUGUGAAGGUGGGUCUUCCUGAAUUAAUUUAUCUAUUCCAAAUGCCUUAACGAGACUCUGUUUCUGGGAGUCUGAUUUUCCACUUACACAUUUCUUCCACCUUUCCUGCUAGUUCCCACUCCCCUGUGACCAAUGGGGCCUCAGGGAAGAUAAAGAAAGCUGGGCCUGUCGAAGGAUGACAGGGAUGUUCUGCCAGGUUGCUAUAGAAACCCAGGCUCUGCCUCUUGCACCUUGAGGGGGUGGGAGGGGCUGGUCUCCCUCCAGGCUGAACCCCACUUCCUCGGCAGGACCCCAGUCUCAGCAGCCUCCUGAUUUCAUAACCAGGCCGGACCACGUGCAAUAGGGUGGAAACCAAACUGCUCCAUGCCACGUUAUUUAAAAGAAAGGCAGAGUUUGUGGUGGCUUUUUUUUUUUUGGAUUGUUUGUAAUUUUUUUUAAUAAAAGUAUUUUGGAAGGAG